AUGACACUCGCGUGCAAAACAGCCGACCUUCUAGCCCUCGCCACCCACGCGCUAACCCACGUCACCUCGCCCAACCAACACGCCCAGCUCUCCGCCUCCGAGCGCGAGCGCGCCCUGCAGCAGCUCACCCUGACAGUCCAGGCAGCAAUGAGGCUCGCUGACGUCGCACACGUAGAAGCACUCGCCGCGGGCGGCAAAGGCGUAGAAGUCGAGAGUAGUAAGGCAGAGGCGCAACAGGCGAAGAGGGAGGUGGAGAGAGCGAUACUGGUGGCGACAGCGAAGAUCAAGGGAGAAACAAAAAAGGUAGAGAAGGAAGCUAAGCGUGCAGUGGCGGAGACGGGGAGGCUACAUGCCGAAGCGCUAAAGAUAGUGAACGAGACGGAUAGGGCAAAGGCGGAGGCGGAGAAGGCUGGUAAGGAGGCUGAAAGGGCGGUGGCUGAGACGGAGAGGCUCAAGGCGGAGGCGAUGAUGGUGCGGAGUGAGAAGAUGAGGAUUGAUGCAGAGACGGAGAGGGUGAAGGCGGAGACCGAGCGGGUGAAUAUUGAGGCGGAGAAGGUGGGCACGGGUUUUAAUGGUUCGGUUCACGGGGGGCACCGGGGCAGUCCGGAGUUCGAGGUGGAGGCGGCGAGGAGUGGGGAGAGGAAGAUCGAGGCGGGGAUGGAGACAGAGCAGGUGAAGGCGGCGGCCGGGGUGGAGGACGAGAAGCUUGGCAGGGAGGUUGAGCGGUCGGUGCAGGUGCAGGAGGGAGGAACUACGGAGGGAGAACCUCCGGAGCCCCGGGCCUUCGCGGGGGUGGUGGCCUCGGACGGUGAGAUGAGCCCGGCAGAAAUGGCGAGGGUGCGUAGGGAGCGUCGGGCCGCGAAGUGGAGAAAAGAGAUGCUCGGACUGUACAGCCACGCGCCCUUGACGCAGAAACAGAGCUCACGACAGUGGAUUUCGCUGGAUAUUUGA